AAACACGGGUGGGGUGACGUAGCCACCAAGCGAUUCCUUUUCUGUGAUUUAAAACGACGCCACCUGGACUGUUCUUCAUCUUCUCAACACUGCCUUUACCUUACCCUUCCAUGGCUUCUCCUUGCUCACUUUUCACAAAACCAUUUCCGAUCGCUUUCGUUCUUCUGCUCCUUAUUCUUAACUUAUGCUGGAAGAGUGAGCCCUCCGUCGCGGGCCACGCUGCCGCCGACAUUCAAUCCGUCGAAGUAGUCAACGAAUUCCCCCACGACCGCAGGGCCUUCACUGAGGGGCUUGUAUAUGGAGGAAGCGACACCUUGUUCGAGUCAGUUGGUCUUUAUGGAGAGUCGUCAGUUCGGAAAGUUUUCCUUCGGACUGGGAAGGUUGAGGUUCUUCAGAAAAUGAAUAAAUCUUAUUUUGGGGAGGGUUUAACUCUUCUUGGCGGCAGGUUAUUCCAAGUAACUUGGCAGACAAGAAUUGGAUUCAAAUACGACCGAAAUAACUUAAGCAAAUUUGUGAAAUUUAAACAUUAUAUGAAAGAUGGUUGGGGCCUAGCAACUAAUGGUUUUAUUUUGUUUGGAAGUGAUGGAACUUCAACAUUAUAUCAGAUGGAUUCCCGAACAUUUAAAGUACUAAGAAAACAAAAAGUCAAAUACAAAGGUCGCGAAGUGUACAAUCUCAAUGAACUUGAAUUUAUGAACGGUGAAAUCUUGGCAAAUAUUUGGCUGACUGACUGCAUUGCUAGAAUCUCAGUGAAAGAUGGGAGUGUUCUUGGAUGGAUUUUCCUAUCAAACUUAAGGGAAAGGCUAGUGGCAGCUGGAGCAAAGGGUAUUGAUGUUUUGAAUGGCAUAGCAUGGGAUUACAAGCAAAAACGUCUUUUUGUGACAGGAAAAUUAUGGCCAAAGCUUUAUGAAAUCAAGUUGCAACCAAUGAGGAAACCAUUGAAUGGAUCAAUUGAGCAUCUUUGCAUGCCACACCCUUCUAAUUUUUCACAUCAAUAAAUCCCAUUGAGAUGACGAGCAUGAUUGAGCAACUCGCCUUGUUUGUUUCGAUUCUUAGACAAAAUCCCAAUUCGAGCAAUUGUGUGCUAAAUUACAAAAUGGUUUUUCUUCCUAAUAAAUUGCAGUUAGAAGACCAAA